CGACGCACUACCAAACAGAGUUUUUUUGUUUUUUUUUAUCUAGUUGUUAAGGCGGGUGAUUAAUCUGCUGUAUGCAAACUGGUUGUAUAUGUCAUUGUCCAAUCAGAUUAAGGUCGCGCCUGGUGUUGCCACGCCCAUUUGGGGCGAUUUCUGUCAAGCCCAAAUUUGCACCAGAACUCUCCCAUUGACAUUCAUGGUACGUCCGUUUUUUUCAAAAAUCAUGCCCCCAAUACAUUUUCUAUGAGGGUUUAUGUGCUCGCACAAACGACGUGCUUACGUCAUCUGUCUGUUGCUAACCCGCGGGAACAUGAACAUUCUACGAAGAAGAUGGCGAGUGUCAAGUGCAAUACUGUAGUAUCUCUGAGAGAAGUGCCCUUUAGUCGUCGUACUAAUGCGGAGAAGGAAGCGAUAAAACAACUAGGACCCCCUAGACCUGAUUUAAACAUCAAGCAAGUGUCAACGAAAGGGGAGAAGGCCUACACACGAUCUUUUAAAAAUAACUGGUACGACAGAAAAACCUGGCUAGCCGGCUGUGAUGUAGCCAAUGCUCUUUUUUGCUACCCCUGCCUUCUCUUCCACCCAGAAAACAACACGGCAGACGGUACAGCGUGGACAAUAAAAGGGGUAACGGAUAUGCAACAUCUGUCGGACAAAGUUAAAAAGCACGAGAAGGCAAAAAAACACAUGGACAGCUGUCUGAAGUUUUCAGCUUUAGGGAGAGUGAACAUUGCUACACAGCUGGAUGAGGGGUAUCGGCUAGCAGUGCUUCGUCACAACGAUGAGGUGAGCAAGAACCGCCACAUACUCAAUCGGCUCAUCCAGUGUGUGAAGUUUUGCGGCAUUUUUGAGCUAGCUUUGCGAGGCAGAGACGAAACCGAGGGCUCCGCCAACCCUGGUAUUUUUCGGGGCCUUGUCGAUUUUGUGGCACAGUUGGAUGAGGUGUUUGAUGAGCACCUGAAAACGGCAAGUGUCUUCAAGGGCACAUCCAAGACGAUUCAAAACGAACUGCUGGGGUGUAUGCUGGGUGUGGUGAAGGAACGGAUUGUCGAGGAGGUGAAGGCUGCGAAGUUUGUAGCCAUCCAGGCUGACGAGACCACCGAUGUCAGCACGCAGACCCAGCUGGUUCUUGUUCUCCGAUACAUCGACGGCAAGUAUGCAGUGCAUGAACGUUUUUUUGAGUUUCUUCCCCUCACCGAGUCAACGGCGACCUCUAUAGCGAAUGUGAUCCUGGAGCGACUGAACAGUCUGUUUUCCGACGACGAGAGAGAGAAACUAAUCGCUCAAGCGUAUGAUGGUGCCAGUGUGAUGAGGGGAGAGAAGGCUGGUGUGCAGCAAAAGGUGCGUGAACACUUCAAAAAUGCACAUUAUGUGCAUUGUUACGCACACCAACUGAACCUGAUCAUGCAGCAAGCCACAUCCAACAUAAGCAAAGUGAAGGUUUUUUUCUCUGAGCUGAGUGGGAUUUCGAGUUUUUUUUCCCGUUCACCCAAGAGGACCAGCAUUCUCGAUCAGGUCGUCGCCCGGAGACUGCCGAGGGCUUCAGCUACAAGAUGGAAUUUCAACAGCAGGAUCGUCAACACUGUCAGUGAGAAUCGAGCCGACCUCAUUGAAUGUUUCGAAACCAUCAAGACAUCAUUUGACCAACCAACAGUGAGAGAGGCAUCUGGGUUCAUCCGAAUGCUGCAAGAUGAAGACUUCGUUUUUUUCUUGAGCGUUUUUCACAACAUCAUGCCCCAUGUGGACAUCCUGUACCAGCAACUCCAGCAGAAGGACAUCGAUGCAGUACUCAUCCAGCGGGCCCUCCAGAGGUUCACAAGCAGUGUGCAGGCCAUAAGGGGCUCCCCCUCACUUCAGCAGGUCCAGGGAGAACCAGCUGCCAAACGAUCAAGGACAGCGUUGGGAGAGGAAGAAAAGCAGAGGAUGGCUAAAGAGAUCUGUGACACCAUCUUGGCUCACUGCAAGGAGCGGUUUUCCUUCACCGACCACCUAGUUAGUGCCACCUUACUGCAAGGAGAUCUGUUUGGAAGGUACUGCCAUUCAUUUCCAACCGAAGCGCUGCAUGCCACUGUGAAGGCAUACCCCAUGCUGGAUCAAGCAAAGCUGCACACAGAGCUCUCCAGGGGCGGCGCCAAGCGGUUGCUUGCCCUGCUCAUGUCCUACAACCUACAGGACACGUUCUCAGAGACUGUUGCUCUGUUGAACAUCAUUAUCACCACACCCAUGACCACCUCUGAAGCAGAGAGAUGCUUCUCAACUUUGAAGAGGAUAAAGACCUUCCUGCGCAACUCCAUGGGCCAGGAACGUCUUAACGCCCUGGCCAUGCUUUCAAUGGAACGGAAACUUGUCCUUAGCAUGCCUGACUUCAAUGAGAGAGUCAUUGACUGCUUUGCUGCAUUAAAAGAGAGACGCAGCAAAUUCCAGUACAAGUGA